AUGAUGAGUGGACCAAGCAUCACCCAUUACGACAAGUCGACCUUUAUCGAGACAGAUACCGGAAACAAAGUCUCAAGAAAGGCCCUCAUCUCCGGAUCUCAAAACAUCAUCCUCGGUGGCAAAACUAUCAUCCAACACCUCGUCAUCAUCAGGGGAGACCUUCGCAGAGCUGGGGUUGGCAACUCAGUCGUAAUCGGGAUCGGAAAGUUUUGUUUGCUGAGCGAACGCUCGGUCAUCAGACCUCCUUACAAAACGUACAAGGGUGUGUUUUCUUACUAUCCAAUGAAGAUCGGCGACCAUGUCCACAUUGGCGCUGACACUAUAAUCGAAGCAGCUAGCAUCGGAAACUUGGUUGAAAUCGGAAAAAACUGCGUGAUCGGUCGAUUUUCGAUCAUCAAGGACUGUGUUAAAAUCGCGGAUAAUACCAUCAUCCCUCCUGGAACAGUGGUCGCUUCAAUGUCGCUGUAUUCUGGCUCACCAGGCCGCUGGCAGGCUGACCUACCGGAAGGAACACCUGAAUUGAUGGAAGCACAAAGUAAAAGUUACUACACUCGAUUCCAACCUGCUUAA